GACGAAAAGGACCCUUAUCGAAGACAUAGAUUGAGUGCUUGCUGUACGAGAUUUGAAGGGAACGCAAUCUUCUCAAUCCCGCCGCGUUAUUUCUGCUAAAUAUGGGAGAUUCUCUACCGAUGACGUCGAGUUUGAAUUUCAGGCGAGCAGGCAUCAAAUAAAUAAUUCUUUUUAAACAAAAAAACUACCCCACAUUUUUUGAUCUUCAACUUAAUAAUGUCGUCCAUACUCAUCAAAAGAACAGCAUUUGCAUGGCGAUCAAUGGUCAAUAAACCAACAGUGCUGUCCAGCACUGCACGAUUAUAUACCACUGAAGCAAAAGACCUGCAACAUCUUGAACGUCAGCCGAUUGAAACAGUCGACAACCUUUCAGGAGCACCAGAGGCCUUAUUGGAUCGACAAGUUCGUAUCUUUAGACCUGCACGAACAUCAGCACAACAAGGAAAGAACGGAACGAGACUCUGGAGAAUUGAGUUCGAUAUUCUAGAAGAUGGUAAUCGUUGGGAGAAUCCUCUCAUCGGUUGGGCUUCGAGCUCUGAUUAUGAGCAAGCAUUAACUAUGAAAUUCUUCACCAAAGAAGCUGCUAUUAAUUUUGCUGAGAAACAAGGCUGGACUUACUAUGUUCAAGAACCACACGAACGUAAAUUCGUUAAGAAAGCAUAUGGUGAUAACUAUAAAUAUUCAGAGAAAAAGUUGAGACUCAUCAAGUGCAAAUAGAAGAGUAAUGAGUUCGUCUCUGUUUCGAGUUUCUUUUUUGUUUUAUUUCCUAUGC